AUGGAAGAAAGAACCUCUGGUGAAUACAACAACAUGAAAAACCAAGGGAGUGAUAACUUUGGGAUAGCUCUCAUAUCAACACCAUUAAACGGGAGCAAUUAUGUUUCUUGGGCAAGAUCAAUCAAGAUUUCCAUUGGAGCAAGACAGAAGCUAGGCUACAUUAAUGGAACAUGUCAAAAACCAACAGAAGAUAAGGAAGCCGUAGAGCAGUGGAGGAAGAACGACUACAUGGUCGUAUCCUGGAUUUUGAACUCCAUUACAAAAGAAAUUACAGAAGAUUUUCUGUAUGCAGAUUCGGCUAGGGACUUGUGGGUAGAACUCGAAAUGCGAUUUGGCGAAAGUAAUGGUCCUCUACUCUACCAGAUACAGAGAGACAUUACUUCUAUAUCACAAAAGAACAUGAAUGUGGCAGUAUAUUUCACAAGACUUAAAAGGCUUUGGGAUGAAUGGGGAUCACUUGACCCAUUAUCCGUGUGCUCUUGUGGAGCAAGCAAGAAAGUAUCUGAUAAAAUGACCUCUUAUCAAUUAAUCCAGUUUCUCAUGGACCUUAGCAACACCUACGAUCAUGUGAGGAACCAGAUUUUACUCAUGGAUCCCUUGCCCACUGCUACAAAGGCAUAG